AUGGCUCGGCAAGCUCAGACCUGCCUGACACACAUGGUGAUAUGGAUGAAACCCCACAACUCUCAGUUAGACGGUUCGGAGGCCACUUCAAUUAAGAUGGUGGAUAUCCACUAUUUUCACUGGGAUUGGCGGGAGAACGGUUUCUUUGAGCCCGUAGUGUGUCAAGUCGUCAGCUGUUUUUGCUAG